AUGAACGUCUUUCUAGGUAUUGCGGCACUCCGAAUCGGUCAGAACAACGAUAACUUCACAAUCGAGGCAAUGGAGUUUUACAAUCCUUCAGUUAAUGCGGUCUCCCGAAGCAUCAGAGAAGGCAAAGUCAAUGGUACAGAGGAAUGGCUACUAGUGCUGAUAGCAUUCAUGGUAAUCUUUGAGACAUCCCGGUUCGAGCUGUGGAGUAAUGUUAUGUUACAUCUUGGGGUAUUAGCACAGCUGUUCCAUAUCAGGAAACUCAAAAACGCCCUUCCAGACCAGCAAAGGCCUUUUCACAGGAUCGCAGCUGAAGCGUUCGCGUAUCACCUCGCUACAUAUUCUAUUCUAUACAGUUCUCAUGAGAUCGAUGGUGUAGCCCAACAAUUCACUUGGACGGAUCUUGACGAGUACGAUCAGGUCAUGCCAUAUCCCGAGGCUUCGAAACUGGCAAACUCGCCCAUUCUCGGCUUGCAGUUUGAACUCUUCAGUACCAUCUUCGAGAUCACUCGACUAAGUCGUCAUACACCUUUGAAGGCGUCAGACCUUGUCAUCGCCAUGAACUUCAGAAGCCAACUUGACCUCAUCGAACGACACAACAGUCGUGGUCUCGAUCCUGAGAGUGAUUUAGACGAGCAUGAAUCGCAAGAAAUCGCCUUACUCUAUACUAUCGUGGCAAAGAUCUUCUUGUUCAGAAUUAUGAAUCCGGAGAUUACUACUCGUGACCCCGCCGUCACUCAACUUCUCUCCCAAGCUUUUCUUUCCGUGGACAAGUGUAAAGUCUAUACUGCUUGCAAUUCAUUCUUCUGCUGGCCCCUGACUGUUCUAGCGUGUGCAGUACGCACUGAAGAAGAGAAGGACUUGAUUGAGAGGAAGAUGAGAGAGUGUUCUCAAUGGACACAUUCUGGCCAGACACACAGGAGCUCCAGCAUCAUCAAGGCUAUCUGGGAAGAAGAUUCUUCUGAUACUCCAAGUAGUGGACCAAGUAUGGUUAAAUUGCCUCGAAAUAUGGACAGGCUUCUACACAAAGAAGGCUUGAUAGAUUCAUUGUCGCUCUCGAAGAGCAUACUUCGACGAUGA